CUUCUCCCUCUCUAUAAAACCCAUCGCCUCCACUUUUCUCUCGUCAGUCGCAGCAAUCGUUGGUGAAAUUACGAUCUAUUUCUCCAUCAAAAACCAGUGAAAAACCAACUUUCUCCAUUAGAGAACCAGUUAAAAGAAUGUCUCUGAUACCAAGCAUUUUUGGGCGAAGGUCCAAUGUCUAUGAUCCCUUCUCUCUUGACAUUUGGGACCCAUUUGAUGGGUUCUUCUCUUCUCCUUUUAACACAAACGCCACUUCCUUCUCUUCCUUCUUCAAUACCAGUGAUUCUGCAACCUCAGCUUUCGUGAAUGCAAGGUUCGAUUGGAAAGAGACCGACAAUGCCCAUGUGUUCAAGGCCGAUCUCCCUGGACUCAAGAAAGAGGAGGUAAAGGUGGAGUUGGAAGAUGGGAAGGUGUUGCAGAUAAGUGGAGAGAGAAAGAAGGAGAUGGAGGAGAAGAACGACAAGUGGCACAGGGUCGAGAGAAGUCAGGGGAAGUUUCUGAGGAGGUUCAGGCUCCCUGAGAAUGCAAAGGUGGAAGGGGUGAAGGCGGCCAUGGAGAAUGGGGUCCUCACUGUCACUGUUCCCAAAGUUGAGGCCCCAAAAGCUGAUCUCAAAUCCAUUGAGAUUUCUGGCUAAGUUUCUGAAUUUUCUGGCAAAUUUUGUGGGGUGUAAGAUGAAAGUGAGAUAAUGACUGGUAGGGGUUUUUGUGUUUGUAUUUGAAUGUGUAGAAGUGUUUGAUUGUUUGAUGAAUGUAAUGAUUUACUUUUCAUACCGUUUUGA